UUUUAAUUAUUCUAGGCUUAAAUGAUAGUAUCAAUAAGGAAUCACAUCUUUGGUCAGAAUUCUGUAAUAGAUACAACUCAAGUUGCGAAGAAUUACCACCUCCUUUCAACAAAAAUCUCAAUAACUUUCAAAAACUUAUUCUUCUUCAUGCUUUAAGACCAGAUCAGUUAGCUUCUGGGAUUAUUGACUUCAUCCGAAAAGAAAUGGGAGAACAAUUUUUGAAUCCUCCUCCUUUUGAUCUGAAUGAAGCCUAUGAAGAAUCAGCCUGGUUCACACCCUUAAUUUUUAUUCAAUCUCCAGAAAGUGAUUCAAUGGAUACAUUACUAUCAUUUGCAAAAAUUAAAAACAAGACUGAUAAGUUGAGAAUAAUUUCCUUAGGAGAAAAUCAGGAAAAGGUUGCAGAAAUCAUCAUUAAAGAGACAAUUAGUGAUGGGGGGUGGAUAUGUCUACAGAACUGUCAUUUAGCUCCAAAUUGGCUGUUAACAUUAGAAAGAAUCAUUGAUGGAAUUGAUUCAAAUGCAGAAUUCCCGGAUAUCAAACUUUGGAUGACUACUAUUUCUUCUGUUAAAGUAAAUAUUUACCCUAGUUAUUAUUUAGGAUUGGUGGAUUCUAGCUAG